AUGGCUGACACAUUAUCAUUUCUGCUGGAGAAGGCUGUUUCUCUGGCCACGGACAGGAUUUGUUUGAUGUUUGGAUUCAACAAGGAUUUGGAAGCCUUUCAGGAAUCUGCUCGGAUGGUUCAAGCUGUCUUGGCUGAUGCUCAGGGAAAGCAAAUCGAAAGUGAGAUGGUUCGGGUUUGGCUGGAGAAGGUUGAAAGACUGGUUUAUGAUGUUGACAAUGUUUUCACUGAGCUAAACUAUGAGAUUCUUCGAAAGGCGAGGUUCGUAAGAACCGGGUUAGGAAAGGAGAAAAAGUAUGAGCAUCUUCGUCAGAAGGCGAUAUCCAUGAACAAGUCCAGGUGGGGAAAGGUACGCUUACUCUGCUCAUCUAAACAUGGUGUUUCUUUUCAUUGGAGGAUGAGUUCUAAGUUCAGGGAAAUUAACAAGAAGUUGGAAGAAUGCCAUUUGGAAGCCGUCGAGAUUGGACUAAUCGAAACUUCUGCUGCUUCUAAUGCUGAUAGUAUUGGUGCUGAAGCGGCAUUGAUUCGAGAAAUGAUCAGUCCUGUUGCUCCAAAUUUUGUUGUUGGGAGAGCGAAAGAAGAAUCUGAAAUCGUGUCGAUUUUGUUAGGCUCCUCUAAUCAAAAUGCUGUUUCAUUUCUGCCCAUUGUUGGUGUAGCUGGAUUAGGCAAAACCAUUCUCGCAACAUCAAUCUAUAACAACCAACAAAUUGACAAUCACUUCUCGAAAAAAGUUUGGAUCCGCGGGUCUAAGAAAUUUGAAGUGACAAAACUUUUCAGUUUGAUUUUGGAGUCACUAAGGGAGGGAGAGAAGACAAAAAUGUCUAGUAGGCAAGAUGAUAUUGUUCGAGGAAUUCGUAGAGAACUUCACGGGAAACGUUUUCUUUUAGUUCUUGAUGGUUUCUGUAAUGAGAUCCCGGAGUUGUGGGAUGAAUUUUUUGUUUCAUUGGAGGGGCUAAACACCGCCAAUGGAAGCUGUUGUCUUUUGACUACUCGUCUCUUAACAACAGCGAAAAUGGUGUGUACUCAUGAUCCUUAUUUCUUAGGAAAGUUGAAUGAUGAUGAUUGUUGGUCCAUUGUUUCACACAAGGCAACUAGAGGUGGAGAAAUGCCUGCAGAAUUGAAUGUCUUCAAGAACAGAAUUUUGAGUAAAUGUCAAGGCCUACGUCUGGCAGCAAGUGCCAUAGGAGGGUUGCUUUGCCUGCAGAAAAGAGAAGAUUGGCCUUCCAUCAUGGAGGAUAAGGUUCUCAAAUUUGAAGGUAUUCAUGAUGAAGGUGACAAUGGCCUUAUGAAAAUACUCAAGUUGAGCUUUGAGUAUUUGCCAUUCUCAUCUAUCAAGACAUGUUUCGCUUAUCUUUCAGUCUUUCCUGAGGAUGAACUCAUAAGUGGAGAAGAGCUGAUUCAACUUUGGAUGGCGGAGGGUUUUAUAGAUCAACCAGUUGGUGAAAGGAAAACAUCUUUGACGAUGGAAGAAACAGGCAGAACAUAUCUUAAAAUUUUAGUGCAGAGUUCCCUGUUGGAGGAAAUAAAUGGUCUUAGAUACCCUGCAGGCGAGUGCUAUAAAAUGCAUGAUCUCGUUCGUGACCUAGCAAAACAAGUUUCAAAGGCGGAUAGUAGAAAUCCGGGGCGAUAUCUUACGCUAGAGUCAUUUGAAGAAGGGGAGGAAAUUGUCCUGAAUCAUUCACAAUGGGCACGAACAUUGUUGGUGAAUUGUAGCAUGAAUGAUGAAAUGUUAUUGAAGUUGAAGUACCUACAUGUACUGACAUUUUCUAGAGGAGAAAUGAAUGAGUACUUGCCUUCUAUCAGCAAACUGAAGCAUUUGUGCUAUCUUGACCUUUCGCAUUCUAAGAUCAAAACGCUGCCUGAAUCUUUGUGCAAGCUUUUAAGUUUGCAAACAUUGAAGUUACCUGAUGAUAUGCAAAGUCUUCCAAAAAGGAUGAAUAAUUUGAUCAGCUUGAGGCAUCUUUACUAUUUCCACUCUGAUAAGAACUUCAAAAUGCCACCAAAAUUGGGACGGCUCUGCAGUCUUCAAACCCUGGAGUUCUUCAACAUAGGAGAAACAAGUGAGGGAUGUGGAAUAGAAGAGCUCGGUUACAUGAACGAACUCAGAGGUAAUCUUGCAAUACGCAAUCUUGAGUUAGUAAAGAAAAAACGAAAAGCGCGACAGGCAAAUUUGUCUGGGAAGGAAAAUCUGUUAAGGUUGGAAUUUCAAUGGGGUAGUACGGCUCGGGAAUUCAUCACUUACUUUGACGAAGAAUUGGAUGAAUGGAUAAGUUGUAUUUACUAUCUCGACACUGCUCGUGAGAAUAAGCUGUUGGAAAGCCUCAAACCUCACCCAAAUUUACGAGAGCUAGUGAUCAGAAAUUUUAUGGGUAGUAAGUUGCCUGAAUGGCUAGGAAAGAUGUCAGCAUUGGUGACAUUGGAGUUGAGUUAUUGCGAGGAAUGCAAUAAGCUUUCAGCACUUGGAAACCUGAAAUGUCUUGAAAGUCUUACAUUAAUCCGAAUGAAGAACUUGGUCGAAUGGAAGGAAACAGGAGAAAAUGAUGAUAUUUUGUUCCGGAAGCUGAAUUACUUAGUUGUUCAUGAUUGUCCAAACCUGGUUUGGUGCCCACUUGAUUUGAGACAAAUUCCGUCUCUAAAAACAAUGCAGUUCAGCUAUUGCAGGAAAUCAUUUCCUGGAGGAUUUAGUCACCACAAAAGUUUAAGAGACUUGUGCAUUGGUCCCUUCUCAAAUGAUUCAGUUGAAUCAUUUGACUGGUCAGGAUUGCUGUCAUGUUCAUCCACACUAAGAGAUUUAAGGAUAAUAGGGUUUCUUCAACCUCCGCUGCUGCCGGAUCAGCUCCAAAGCUUCAGUUUCUUAACUGGUUUGGAACUUGUGCGUUAUGAUAGUUUGGAAAGUUUACCAGAAUGGUUGGGCAACCUUGUGUCUUUGGAAAUACUUCGUCUUAAGUACUUUGAAAAGCUUCAGCGUUUAUCCUCCCUGAAUGCCAUGAUACGCCUGGCAAAACUAAGAUCACUGGAUUUCUGGUAUUGUUCUCUUUUGGAACGCACAUUCAACCGUGACAAGAGCCGCCCUGGCGCAUACUGGUUCCGGAUUUUUUCUUGUCUUCCCAAUCUUGAAGUAGAAUUUAACGGACUCAUCAAGCAAUCCAGAUCGCUGUUGGAUCACAAGACGAAUUUACAGGGAGAAGGGCUGCGAUCAAGGGUCUGA